AUGCCUGUUGAGAAAAAGGGAAACCCGCUCUCCUGUUGCCGCCUGGUGGGCAGCGAUGAUCCCAACCGAACGUUCGGCCAUGCUUUGCUUACCCUGGUCCUGGCCGAAAGCUCCCAUUCGGACGCGGGUUCGCACUGCACCGAGAGCCACACGGAUCUUCCUCCUCCCCUCGAGAGAACAGGAGGCAUCGGCGACUCCCGACCCCCCUCCUUCCACCCAAAUGCCGCGAGCAGCCGGGACGGGCUGGACAAUGAAACGGGCACGGAGUCGGUUGUCAGUCACCGGCGAGACCGACAUCGGCGGAGGAACCGAGAAGGCCACGAAGACGUCUCCCGCAUCAAUGGGCACCCCAAGCUCGACAGACAUCGGGAACACCCGCCGGGCUAUGACAGUUCGUCGACGAUGAUGAGCAGCGAGUUGGAGUCCAGCAGCUUCAUCGACUCGGACGAUGACGAAAACACAAGCAGGCUGAGUAGCUCCACGGAACAAAGCACUUCGUCCCGCCUCAUCCGGAAGCACAAACGCCGACGGAGGAAACAGAAGAUGCGCCAGAUUGACAGAUCGUCCUCCUUCAGCAGCAUCACGGAUUCCACCAUGUCUCUGAACAUCAUCACCGUCACUCUCAACAUGGAAAAAUACAACUUCCUGGGGAUCAGCAUCGUAGGCCAGAGCAACGACCGGGGAGACGGGGGGAUCUACAUUGGCUCCAUCAUGAAAGGCGGGGCCGUGGCGGCUGACGGGCGGAUCGAACCGGGGGACAUGCUGUUACAGUGUUCUUGUAUCCCGACGUAUCUCAGCCCACACUGGCCCAUCAGCCUAACAGUAGCCAAAUGCUGGGAUCCUACCCCGAGGAGUUAUUUCACAAUCCCCAGGGCUGAGCCGGUGCGGCCGAUCGACCCCGCGGCCUGGAUCUCUCAUACCACGGCCCUGACGGGAGCGUACCCCCGUUACGGUAUGAGCCCCUCCAUGAGCACCAUCACCUCUACCAGCUCCUCACUAACAAGCUCAAUUCCCGAUUCGGAAAAACUGGACGAGUCCCCCUUAACCGUCAAGAGCGACAUGGCCACCAUUGUCAAGGUGAUGCAGUUGCCGGAUUCAGGCCUGGAGAUCCGGGACAGGAUGUGGCUAAAAAUCACCAUCUCCAACGCCGUCAUAGGAGCUGACGUGGUCGAUUGGCUUUACACGCACGUGGAGGGCUUUAAAGACCGAAGGGAGGCCCGGAAGUACGCCAGCAACAUGUUAAAACAUGGCUACCUCAGGCACACUGUGAACAAAAUCACCUUUUCUGAGCAGUGCUACUACGUCUUCGGAGAUCUCUGUGGCAAUCUAGCGGCGUUGAAUCUUAACAACGGUUCCAGCGGGGCUUCGGAUCAAGACACCCUUGGCCCCCUCCCCCACUCGGCCACGCCUUGGCCCUUGGGGCAGGGCUAUCCUUACCAGUACCCCCUUGCCCCUCCGUGUUUCCCGCCGGCCUACCAGGAUCCCGGCUUCAGCUACGGGAGUGGCAGCGCAGGGAGCCAGCAAAGUGAAGGAAGUAAAAGCAGCGGCUCUAACCGAAGCAACAGCGAGACUAGCCGAAGGGCGCUCAACCGGGAGAAGGAUCGCAAAUCGGCUGGCAGCGGCAGCGAGUCGGAUCACACUGCCCGGAGCGGGGGAGGGGGUAGCAUCGCGCGACACGAGCGGCCUCCCAGCCAGCUCAGCCACCGCAGCUACGUCUCCACCACCCCCAGCGAGAGGAGCCCCCACAGCCACCAUUCGUAUGGGCCCCCGGGAGUCCCCCCGCUUUACACCCUCCCAAAGCUGGGUUCCAAAGUCUACGGGACAAGCGGGCCUCCCGGAGGGCCUCCCGUACGAGAACUCGGCUCCGUCCCUCCUGAGCUGACGGGGAGCCGUCAGUCAUUCCAGAAGGCCAUGGGCAACCCUUGCGAAUUCUUCGUCGAUAUUAUGUGAUCAGAAGUGCCUUCAGAGACUCUGCGAUAAGGGUUGAUUCCCCC